CCAGCCUACUCAUCUCUUCAAGAUAUUUUUCCUUAUCUCUCAGAUGUGGACAUCACUUUGGACCCCUGCUGAAAGACUUUAUCCUGGAUCGUGUCAGCCCAAGGGAGGUGAGGAGUUGCAGCUGAGAUUUGAAAACAUGGAAGGAAAAGACAGCUGAGAGAAGAAAGUUGAAAGAUACGGAGUUGUCACUCUGGCUCUUCUAGAGUGCUGUCCCAGCAGUCACCCUUGAGCCCCCAUGGAACAAGUCCUCGGUCUAGAAAGAAAGGAUUUCAGUCUCUUCUUGAUGUGACAUUGUUCUCUCAUUUCCUCACAGAUCACACCCCUGCCGAUAAUGGCUGUGGAAAAUGGCUCAGUUCAUCCUGGUAGGACUUACAGACCAAAGUCAACUCCAGAUACCCCUCUUCUUCCUCUUCUUAUUGAACUGUAUGUUCACUGUGGUAGGGAAUUUGAGCUUAAUUAAUCAGAUAUGCCUGAACUCUCAUCUUCACACUCCCAUGUAUUUUUUGGUCUUCAACCUGUCCUUCAUAGAUCUCUGCCACUCCUUGGUCAUUACGCCUAAACUGCUGAUGAGCUUUGUGUCAGAGAACAUCAUCUCCUUUGCAGGGUGCAUGACUCUGUUGUUUUUCUUUUGUUUCUUUGUCCAUUCUGAAUGCUGUGUGUUGACAGCCAUGGCCUAUGAUCGCUGUGUGUCCAUCUGUAAGCCCCUUUUGUACACAGUCACCAUGUCCCCUCAGGUCUCUUCUUUGCUGAUGUUUGGUUCAUAUGUAAUGGUGUUUGCCAGUGCCAUGGCCCACACAGGGCACAUGGUCAGAUUAUCCUUUUGUGAUUCCAGCAUCACCAACCAUUACAUGUGUGACAUCUUCCCCCUCCUCCAGCUGUCCUGCAGCAGCACUGAUGCCAGUGAGCUGGUGGAUUCCAUUAUUGUGAGCACAGUUGUAAUAAUAUGUAGCUUCAUUAUUUUUGUUUCUUAUGCUUUGAUCCUCUCCAGUAUCCUCCACAUCUCAUCAGCUCAGGGUUGGUCCAAAGCCCUCAGUACUUGUGGCUCCCACAUAAUAACUGUUGCCCUCUUCUAUGGUUCUGGGUUGUUUACACAUCUCAAGACCUUUUCUGAUGGUUCUGUGGGUCAGGGGGAGUUCUUCUCAGUAUUUUAUACCAAUGUAGUCCCCAUGUUGAACCUCCUCAUCUACAGUCUAAGGAACAAGGAUGUCAAACUUGCUCUGAAGAAAACCCUAAAGAGAGUUGCGAACUAAGCAGAAACAGUAUUGCUGGGUUGUUGUGUGUGUGUGUGUGUGUGUGUGUGAAUGUGUUUUCCCAUAAUUUUGUUCAGAACAAGGUUUUUGCCUUAGAUCCUUUUUUCUGUCUAAUCAUGCCAUUUAAACAUGCAAAUAUUAUUGAGUCUCAUGAUUGAUCUCAGUUCCAUGCUUACUCACUGAAUGAGCUUUAUUCUUAACAGUGGGCUCCAGAGACUCAGCUUGAUUCCUACUCCUUUUCACACCACCUCCCACUUUGCUUCUUUCCAUGUACUUUUCAUACAUCAGCAUGAAUGUGGUCUGAUGCAGCCACCCCUCUUUGUUUUCCCUAAAAACAAUGUUAAUGUAGCCCUUUCUGUUUUUAACCAUUUGAGGAGUUCCUUCUGUGUAAGUUAUAAAUUUUCUAGAAUUUCAGUGCUCUUUUAGUCAUGGUUUCUAUAGUACUGCAUUUCCAAACUCAGCAAAGCUUCAAUAGUAUCUAUGAGAUAUUUAUGCUUAGUUAACAGGGAUCACAAGUAUUAGCUUAUAAGUAUGGAAUGUGUUAAUACCAAUUAGGAACUGAGAGAAAUGAACCUAGUUACUUUAAAUCAAUUUAGUCUGACUCAUUGUAAUAGCAUCAGGGGUAUGAUGUAUAUGUAUAUAUACAUGUAUCAGAUAUGUACAUAAUAUGUAAUGUACAUGUACAUAAUUUCGUUUACAUCUCUGCCUAAUCAAAUAGAAUUUGACCACCUAGUGUUUACUCCUUUCUCCUAUAUGGUUAGACUAGA